GACCUUCAGUUUACAAGACUGACGCUCUACCACUGAGCUAUAAGGGCUAGCUGUGGAUGGUGUCCUAAUUUUUGUCAUUAUUUCUUUUUUUCUGCCGGAUGGACGCACUGUUCAAGUAAUUGAGAGAGAGUUGAACGAACCUGACAGAAUUGUUGGUGAACUUCUACAGCCAGGGGGUUACUUGAAGUUAAUUGAGUUGGGUCUUGAAGAUUGUGUACUAAAUGAGAUUGAUGCUCAGAGGGGUAUUUGGUUAUGCUCUCUACGAAGAUGGAGAACAUACCAAGCUUUCUUAUACCUUGGAGAAGUUUCACUCUGAUGUAGCAGGAAGAAGUUUCCAUAAUGGACGUUUCAUCUAAAGGAUGAGGCAGAAAGCUUCAUCUCUUCCCAAUGUAAGACUUGAACAAGGAACUGUGAUAUCUCUACUUGAAGAAAAGGGGAUUAUAGAGGGAGUGCAAUACAGAAUUAAGAGUGGUAAAGAGCUCACAGCUUGUGCUCCUCUCACAAUAGUAUGUGAUGGUUGUUUUUCAAAUCUGCGGUGACAUCUCUGUAACCCUAAGGUAGAAAUUCCAUCUUGCUUUGUUGGUUUGGUUCUUGAGAACUGUGAAAUUCCUUUUGCAAACCAUGGGCAUGUUAUAUUGGCAGAUUCUUCACCUAUCUUGUUCUACCAAAUCAGCAGCCACAAGAUUCGUUGGUUGGUUGAUGUACCUGGCCAAAAAGUACCUUCUGUUUCCAGCGGUGAAAUGGCCAAUUAGUUGAAAACUGUGGUGUCUCCUCAGAUCCCCCCUGAGCUACAUGCUACAUUCAUUGCUGCAAUUGAUAAAGGGAAUAUAAGAACCAUGCCAAAUAGGAGCAUGCCUGCAGCACCUCACCCCCCUCCUGGUGCACUUUUGAUGGGUGAUGCAUUCAAUAUGCGGCAUCCUCUAACUGGAGGUGGAAUGACUGUUGCACUCUGACAUUGUUGUGCUAAGGGAUCUCCUAAGACCUCUGCACAAUCUAAAUGAUGCAUCUGUUCUUUGCAAAUAUCUUGAAUCUUUUUAUACACAGUGCAAGCCAGUGGCAUCUAUAAUAAAUAUUUUGGCUGGUGCCUUAUACAAGGCGUUCAGUGCAUCGCUUGAUCCUGCAAUGAAGGAAAUGGGACAGGAAUGUUUUGACUAUUUAAGCCUUGGAAGCAUAUUCCAAAUGGACCAGUGGCUCUACUCUCCGGUCUAAACCCCCGUCCCUUGAGUUUGGUGCUUCAUUUCUUCGCUGUUGCAAUUUAUGGUGUUGGGCGUUAGUUGAUUCCAUUUCCUUCACCUAAAAGUGUUUGGAUAGGGGCUAGAUUGAUUUCAGUAAGUUUAUCAGCAUAUACCAGAGCAUAUAUAUGUACAUGGACACUCAUCAUUUUCUGCCGCUUCUGGUAAUUAAGUUAAUGAAGGAAAUAUGGUCUGUUUCCAUUUCUUUUUAGUGAUUUCUCAGGAUGCAUCAGGCAUCGUUUUCCUCAUCAUAAAGGCAGAAGGAGUAAGGCAGAUGUUCUUCCCUGUAACUAUGCCAGCAUACUACCGAGCUCCUCCUGUUAACUGAGAACAUGAAGGAGAUGCUUCAAAGCAGUAAUAGAACGAGCUGCACACUUUUCGCUACUGAGACACACUAUUUUGUGUCAAUUCCCCCACACCCCACCAAAGCUUGCCAAGCUGGGGGGUUCUCUGCAACAAUUUUUCAUUAUUUUUCAGUCAAUGGGAGAUAGGAAUUGCAGAAUCUGGGAAAAAGAUUUCCUCUGAAUUUGUAUUAAGCAUUUUUAUAGAGUUGAAGUGUUAUUAGUAAAAAAUCUUGAUUCGC